AUGUCGAGCGUAAGAACAGCUCCGGUACCAUCGUGCACACUGCUCCUGGUCUUGCUCUUGCUGUCGAGUAAGCACACACACUCGUUUUCCUGGUUCUCGUCGACUCUUCGCGCGACGUCCCCACCAGCACCUUCAACGCAGUCAGCCGUACCGCCAUCUCCCACAGACGACGGAACGCGGCAGAGUAGCGGUGAACGAUCAGAUGCGUUCAAGGAGCAGCGAGCAGCAGCACGGCGAGGGAGAGUAGAACGAAACGCAGUCGCACCGUUCGAUGCGGAGAGUCUGAGCAUCACGGCGAGAGGCGGCGAGCGGAAAGGCCGCGAACUGCAGGAGCGCGCGGAGGGGGUUCGGCGCGCGGACGGCAGUGUCGAGGCGUACGAGCCGGGCAAGGGGGAGGGGGAUAACUGCUGGAUGACGGCGUAUCAGCAGCUGAUGGGUUCGUGUAAAGAGGUACUCCGUAACGAAGCAUGGAAAGCACAGCUGGCGCUUAGACUCACCAACUGCUUCCUCGCCUCGAGCGAGCUGUUCAAGAACGAAGUCGAGACGUCCGUCAACUCCCUCAAGCGCACGGCGCACUGGUUGGAGGAGCAGCUGGGGGAUCUCUCCGGAAACGCGGAGGACAUGCAGGCAACGGCGCAGGCCUCUUUGCACCUGCAGCAGCGCAUAGCAGAGGAGCAAGGCGCAGUGCAGCAGCAAGUUGCAGCCCUGUCAGAAUCCGCGCACCACGCACAGGCAGUACUGGAGAGCCUCACAGGGCAGCAAGCGGCCAUGGCGGCUGAAAUCACUCAAGGGGUGAGUCACUUAGAGGAUCAGGUGCUGGCUGUUGAUGCUGCUCUGCAGCAGUCGCUGCUGCAGCAGCAGGCGGCUGCAGCGGAGCAAGCAGCAGCGACGCAGCAGAUGGAGGUGAUUUGGCAGCAGCAGGCGGCGGCACUAGACCAGCACAGGCGCGUGCUGCAGGAGCUGUCGGAAAUGGCGAGUGCGGAGCAGCACAGCACGGGGAAAUGGCAGGCGGAGAUGGCACAGCUGCAGGAGGAGUUACUCGCAGGUCAGAGGCAAGCAGCAGGGGAGAUGAAAUGGAUUGCAGAGGAGCAGACAGAGGUGGCUGAGCGGCAGAACGAGGUGAUGGGCGAGCUGGCAGCACGCACGGUGGCGUAUCAUAUGAGCUCACAGCGGUGGCAGGCUCGCAUGUCGGAGGAGCAGCAGGUGCUGCUGGCGGUGCAGCAGCAGGUGGCAGGGCAGCUAAGUGCUGUGGCUGUGGAGGCGCAGCGGCAGCAUAAGGUGCUGGCGACGUGGAACGAGCGCAUGGAGGCCACUCAGGAGCAGCUGCUGGGGAAUGCUGAGAGAAUGCUGGCUGUGCAGAAUGACCUGUCACGGAAGCAGGGCAGCAUGGUGCGAACAGUGGAGCAAUUUGUCUCGCUCGUGACUGCCGUCAGGAGCUACGCCUCCACCAUAUCCACCUUCCUCCUUUACCUCCUGCUCCUGCCCUUCUCACUGCUGCUCACCUGCUCCAGCCUCACCAGCCCCGCCCGACGGCCCCUCCUCGCAUUGGUGCUUGCAGGGCUGGUUCUGGAGCUCGGGCUGCUGUCAGCCCUCUCCUCCGUUCCUGUGUCUCAAGGCCCAACGCUCAAUGUGGUGCGCAGCUUGCUGGCUGGAGCUGCACUGCUUGUGCUCUGCCUUGCGCCUCUCUUCCCCAUGUUCUCCCUGUCAUCAUCAGCAUCACAUCCCCACCACUCAGCCUCCAUCCCUGCAACAACCUACAACCACGCCCCAUUCCCAACCGCCCCCCCUUUCAUGCCACCGCAUGCACAACACGCAGCACAUGCACCACAUGCACCAACACACGCCGGUCUUGCUGCUGCUGCCACGGCCUGUUCCCCAUCCUCCUUCCACCCACACUGCUCCUGCGCCACUCCUCACCACCCACUUCCCCAUAGCUCCUCCCUCUCGCACUGCACUCCCGCCCACCUUGCAACAGCCAGCCCCAACAGCCAAGGCACGUGCCUGGGUGCUCCUCAGUGCAUGUCUCUAGACGAAGAGGACAGGGAGUGUGAGGGGCAGGGGGAGGUAGGCGCAGCAGAUGCAGGUGUGGCAGGCCGGAUAUGGGGAGGGGAAGCGGAUAAAGACGACAGACUGCCUGAGCUUCAGCCGGAUAGACACGCGACGACAGGGGCAAGGGGUGAUGGGUGGGAGGGUGGGCUUGAGGGACAGAUUGUGGAGAGGAGCUUGGCGCGACAAAGGGCCCGCAUGCAAGCAGCUGCUUCAGCAGCAAGGCGGUCACAGGAGAAUGUGGCCGAUCUGCUGGCCUCAUGUGAUGCAGCAGAGAGUGAUGAUGAGGCGGAUCCAGAUUAUACGCCGCCUGCUCACAUCGGCAACAUGCAGCUGACCAGGCAGUACUGCCUCAGAAGCAGGACAGGAGGGAACGCACAUGCUUUGGCCUUCCCUUGUCAGCAUGGUUAUCUGAUCCGUAUGGGGGAACGGGAAGCAAGAGCUGCGACCAUGAUUCCCAUUUCCGACUUGGAUCAACAUGCGAGGCGGUUCCUUGAUCCGGAUCAGACGCCGCUGCAGCGCCUGCAGCUGGCGACGGAGGUGCGCGACAGCAUCGAGAUUGCGCACACGGCGGAGUAUGGCAACUUCCUGCGCGCGUACUUCCAUGUCUUCGUCGCCGUCCUCCGCCAGCUCACCACGCCGCAGUUCACGGACAAUCUCGAGCACAAGUUCCGCAACGUAGUUCUCGAGGUCCUCAACCGCCUCCCCCACAGCGAGGCCCUACAGCCCUACGUUUUCGACCUCCUACGCGUGGCGCUCACAGUGCUCGCCUCGGACAACGAGGACAACGCCAUGGUGGCGCUGCGCAUCAUCUUCGACCUGCACAAGAACUUCCGCCCCAAGCUUGAGCACGACGUGCAGCCGUUCCUCGACUUCGUCUGCAAGAUCUACCAGUCCUUCCCCACCACCGUCAGCUUCUUUUUCGAUGAGGGCGGCGGCGGGGAGCAGAUGCGCCGAGCAGCGGGGAUGGGGGACGGCGCAGCAGGGGGGCCCGCCAGUGCUGGCGCUGGGGCAGGGGGGCUGGGGGGAGGGCCUGGGGGGGUUGGCGGCGUCAGUGGUGCUGGGCUGGCGGUGCCGAGUCAUCUGAAUGCGUCCAUCCGGUCGUUCCGGGUGGUGACGGAGUGUCCGCUGAUAGUGAUGUUUCUGUUCCAGGUGUAUCCACGGUACGCGGGGCACAGCAUCUCCGUGCUGCUGCCGCUCAUGAUGCAGUGCAUUGCCAUUGUGGGGCCCUCGCCGCACCACCACGUGCCGCCGCGCCUCAAAGCCGCGUAUGCUGACCUCAAGGCAGCUCAGAUCAAGACGGUGUCGUUUCUGACGUAUCUGCUGAGGGGCUAUGCGGACAUAAUCCGCCCGCACGAGGCGAAUAUCGCCAAGAGCAUCGUCAACCUCCUCCUCACAUGCCCCGACGUCGUUGCCACUCGCAAGGAGUUACUAGUGGCAACGCGCCAUGUACUGGCCACGGACUUCAAGAGAGGCUUCUUUCCGCAGCUCGACACUCUGCUCGACGAAAGAGUCCUGGUGGGCACGGGCAGGGCGUGUUAUGACACGCUGCGCCCCCUCGCCUACUCUCUGCUUGCGGAGCUCAUUCACCAUCUCAGGGACGAGCUCUCCCUCAUCCAGGCAAGCCGCAUGCUCUCUCUUCACUUCUCUCCGCCCACGGCAUGGCACCGCACUGCACCCCGUCUUUCGCGCAUUGUGUACUUGUUUUCGCGCAAUGUGCACGAUGCAUCGCUGCAUCUGUCGGUGCAGACAACAUGUGUUCGGCUUAUGCUCAACUUGGUGGAAACCAUCUUCAAACGCCGCCUUGCCCAUGAGGAUGGCCGCGUGCUGCUGGAUCGCAUUCUGGAUGCGUUUGUGAGCCGCUUUGGCACCCUCAAGGAGAGCGUUGAGUCGUUGAUGGAAGAGGGAGGGGCGCCGGAUGCAGCACCAGAAGAGCGCCGUAGUCUCAGAGCCCGGCUGGAACUGCCAGUGCAGAGUGCGUUGGCAGGCCAUGUGGCCAUGGACCAUGCCAAGGAGGUGGCGGACUUCAAGCAGCUCAUUCGCACACUCAUCAUCUCUAUGAAGAGUCUGCUGUGGAGCAUAACGCACUUCUCGAAUGCAGCACCGCAGCAGACACACCCAGCCAUGCCCAACACGCCCCAGCUGUCAGGCAGCAAGGGCAUGCGCCAGGAGGAGUGCCUGGCGGUGUUCAAGGAGAAGGAGGACGAUGACACGUUCCUGCACUUCGCGUCCGUGUUCACAGUCAUGGAGCCAAGGGACCUCAUGGAUAUCUUCUCCCUCACCAUGCCCUCGCUCUUCCAAGCGCUGCUCAACAACUCGCAGCUACUGCAGGUCUUUGCAGCGCUCCUGCAGAACCACAAGGCGUGCCGGCACUUUGCGGAGGUGCUCGCCAGCUUCCUCGUCACCUCGCGUCUGGACGCCCUCCGCACGCCCGACACGCCUGUAGCCGGCCUCGUGCAGCAGCUCUUCCGCCUGCUCUUUGGCGCCGUCGCCAAGUACCCCAACGACUGCGAGCGCGUGCUGCAGCCCCACAUAUCCGCCAUAAUGGACGCCUCGCUAAAAGCCGCCACGGACCUCGAGCGCCCGCACGCGUACCUGCAGCUGCUGCGCAUGAUGUUCCGAGCGCUCUCGGGGGGGCGAUUCGAGCUGCUGUAUCGGGAAUUCGUGCCGUAUCUCCUCCCCUGCACCAACACCAUUCUCUCGCUGCUCGACGGGCCGUCCGGUCCGCAGCUGAACGACCUCCUGCUGGAGCUCAGCCUCUCUCUCCCUGCGCGCCUCUCCUCGCUGCUCUCCCACCUCCCGCGCCUCAUGAAACCCCUGCUGAUGGCCCUGCGAGGAUCUGAAGAGCUGGUGGGGCUUGGGUUACGCACACUUGAGGUCUGGGUUGACUCGGUCAAUCCAGACUUUCUCGAACCAGCCAUGGCUCGUGUGCUUCCGGACCUGCUGCUCUGCCUCUGGUCGCAUUUACGCCCGAAGCCGUACCCGUAUGGCAGCAAGGCGCUGCAGCUGCUUGGGAAGCUGGGCGGGCGAAACCGGAGGUUGAAAGACCCGUUGGUGUUAGAGGCAAAGGAAAAUCCGGAGCAUGGGCUGCGGCUGAUUCUCACGUUUGAGCCCAGCACGUCGUUCCUCGUGCCUCUUGACCGCUGCGUUCAGCUGGCGUACACUGCUGUCAUGGCCGGCCCGCUUCCCCCCCCGCUGCCAUCCCCAGGAGUUACAACAGCAGGAACUGGUGGUGCGGGCAGCGGAGGAGGAGGAGCAGCAGCCGCAGGAGGUGCAGGAGGAGGAGGAGGAGGAGGAGCAGCAGGGGGUGGUAGCGGUGCAGCUGGUGCUGCAGGGCCAGGCACGAUGGGUGGGCAACCGCAGCAGGGGCAGGGGCAGCAAGGGCAGCAGGGGCAGCAGGAGCAGCGAGGCGUGCAGGCAAAGGCAGAACCGCAGGAAGGGAAGGCCGUGGAGUCGCUGCGGUUCCUGCGAGUGUGCCUGCUGUCGGUGCUGAACCUGCGGGGGAAUGUGGAUCAUGAGACGGGGAUCAGCGCGCAGCAGCUGGCCUCUCUGCUGCUGUCUCCUGCUGAUCGCAGCAGGCACCGGGUGGAGUUUGCUGCUCCGAAGGUUGACAUUGGGGCGAAGACAAAGACUCAGCUGCAGGCGGAGCGAGCACUGUUCAAGCAGCUGCUCUGUGCUGUCAUCGCUUCCUCCUCUCAACCAGAGCUCCAGGAUCCGGACGAGGAACUGGUUAUCAACAUCUGCCGCCACUUCGCCAUUCUCUCCCACCUUGACAACAACCAAGCCAACACACCCCUUGCAGCCCCCAGUGCCACCACUGGCACCACACCUCCUCCUGCUGCCUCUCCCGCCGCCACUGUUACUGCUGGGCCUAGUUCUGCAGGCAGGGCAGGGGGUGGAGCAGGGAGUGUGUGGCAAAGAGGAGAUGCGAGCGCUACUGAUGAGGGGACCCAGGUGCAAGUGAGCAAGGCCACUCAGUCAACGGCUGAGGAGAAACCCAAGGAAAGCGUGGUGGUGGAAGAAAAGGGUAAAUCUGCAGGGGAAGCAGAUAUAGCAGGGCAGAGCAAAGAGGGAGGUGGAGGGGUUGAGGAGGGGAAGAAGACGAGUGGAGUCAGUGAGGUUGGGCAAGGGAAAACUAAUGCUGAGGGUGAGGAGAAGGAGAAGGUGGACGAGGGAGGUAAGGACAAAGUAGAGAAGAUGGAGGAGGGCAAAAGUGAAGGGAAAGGAGGGCAAGGUGAUGGAGAGAAAAAGGAGACGGUGGAUGGUGGUACGUCUGAUAAAGAGGAGCGGGAAAAGGCUGUGGCAGGGGAUGUGAAGCAGAGUGGAGAGAAGGCAGGGGAGGGUGGUGCUGCAACAGCGGCGGUAGCUGCUGAAGUGAAGCUGGAAGAUGGCCAGGACAAAAAGGAGGAGGAGGAGAAGGAGAAGAAGGAGAAGGACGAGAAGGAGGAGAAGGAGGAGAAGGAGAAGGAGAAAGAAACGGAGAAGGUGAAGGAGGAGGGGGAUAAGGAGAAGGAAAAGAAGGAGGACAAGGAGGGCGCAACGAAAGGUACUGGUGGGGCAGUGGAAGAUGCAGAAGUGACGGUGGAAGGAGAGGGUGCUGAAAAGGGCUCUUAUGCUGCUGCCACUGCUGCAUCUGCCGCAGCUGACUCAAAUGUUGAAGGAAAGGAGACAGGGGCAGGAGAUGCGAAGGACGGAGGGGUUGGUACGACGGAUAGUGUGAAAGUUGAAGGGACGGGAGAAGGUAGGGAUGGUGCAGGAGGAGAGGCUGUGGCAGGAAAGGUGGUGGCAGGUGAAGCUGUUGCAGGAAGGAAGAAGCAGGAAGGGGAGGUGGAGGAGGGACGCGAGGGCACAGAGCGCAUGGCAGUAGAUGCGAAGGACGCUAAGGGUGAGAAUGAGGGUAGGGACCAGGUGGGAGGGGAGGUGAGGAAAACUGGUGAUGAAAAGGAGGGUGGGGGAGGCGUGGGAGAGGUGAAAGGAGAGGCGGGCAAGGGGGGUGGAGGAGGAGAGAGCGGGACGGAGAGGGGAGAGGAGCAGGCAGGGAAGGAGGUUGAGGAGGUGAAGUUGAGUACAGAAGAGGCUACUGUUGAAGGAGUGAGUGGGGCGGGUGGUGAAACAAGGGAAGCUGGUACAGGAGAGAAGGGAGACGUGGAGAUGGAGGAAGGGAAGAAUGAAGUAGUAGAAGGUGAGGGGGGGAAGGGCGAGGGGGAUAAGGUGGAAGAGGGUACUGGGGAGGGGGGAGAGAAGGGGGGUAAGGAGGAGGAGGCUGUUGCUAUGGAUGUAGAGACAGAGGGGAAUGCGGUGAGUGGAGCUGAGGAUGCUGGGACGGCUCCAGUGGAAGUGAAUGAGACAGGGAAGGAGGAGAAAGAGGAGAAGGAGAAGGGGGAGAAGGCGGAGAAGGCGGAGAAGGCGGAGGUAACACAGGAGAUUGGAGCAGAAGCUAUGGAAGUGGAAGUCGAGAAUGUGGAGGCAGGUGAAGUGAGGAAUAAGAAGGCGGAGGAAGGGAAGGAGGAGGGGGAAGAGGAGAAGGAGGGGGAAAAUGAGAAGGAGGGAGAAGGGGAGAAAAAGGGGGAAGGAGAGAAGGAGGCUGUUGUAGAAGGAGAGUGCGAAGCAGGGGAUGGGAAAGCUGGUGGGGAGGCUGAGAAGGUUGAGAUGAAGCAGCAGGGUUGUGAUGAGGGAAAGGAUGAGAAAGCAGAGGAGGAAAAAGAUGGGAAAGAGGGAAAUGAGGGGAAGGAGGAGAAAGAGGAGAAAGCAGAGAGAGAGGAACAGGGGAAGGGGGGUCAAGGAAAGGAGACAGAGGAUGGAGAGAGAGUGAAGAGCUCAGAGGAGGAGGAGAAACAUGGAGAGGAGGGGGCGAGAGGUGGUAUUGCGACAGGGCAAGAGGAGGCAGCUGCAGGCAUGCAGGUGGAAGGGGAGGGUGAGGGGGAUGGGGCGGGGAAGGCAGGCAAGGGGGAUGCAGAGGGAGAGGCAGGUGAGGAGGGGAUAGUGCAGGAAGAGAAAGUUGAAGCGAAGAUGGUAGUUGAAGAGGAGAAGGCAGAGGAGGGUGCAGGGGAAGAGGAGAAGGCUGGUGAGCCGAAGGCUGAGGGGGUUGUGGAGGGCGAAGGAGAGGAGAAGGGCAAUGAGAAAGAGAGUGAGGUAGAGGCACAGGGAGGGGAUGCGCGGCAAGAGGAGGAGAGAGGAGGAGAGGCGGCAGUGGAGGGUGGUGCAGGCGAGGAGCACACACAUGGUACAGAGGCAGCAAAGCAGGAACCGGAGGAAGGUGGAGGAGAAGCGAGAGCAGAGAAGUUGGAGGGAGAGGGGAAGGGAGAGGAGGGUGAUGCGGAAAUGGGGAAGGGUGAGGAGGGCGAUGGAGAAGUUGCUGCAGUGGAGGCAGGGGGGGAUAAGGCGGAGGGAGGGAAGGAGGGCGAGAUGGAGGUGGAGGAGGGAGGGCGGCGUGGGCCUGAGGGGCGGGAGAAGGGAGAGGGAGGCCGGGAGGAGGAAGGUGUGGAAGUGGGAGAGAGGCAAGGUGAUCCUGUGGGUGCUGCGGAUGAGAAGGAAGAGAAAGUGUUGGAGGAGCAAGGGAUGGAAAAGGAGGAGGGGAAGGAAAAGGAGGGGGGGGAUGCUGAGGGGGAAAAGAAGGAUAGUGCGGAUGGUGGUGUGGUCGAAGUAGAGACAGGUAAGUCGGGCGAGCAGCAGGAACAGGAGGAGCAGGGCGGACAGGGGGAGCAGGGAGAGGAGCAGGGUGGAGUUGAUGGUAAGGAGGGGUUUGAGGAGGGGCACGAGGGUGGGAGUGAAGGGAGCGGGAAGGAGAAGAAGGAAGGUGAAGAGGGUGCAGGUGCUGAGGGGAUGGGUGAAGAAAGCAAGGCGGAGGGGGGUGAUGAAGGUGGUGCAGAGAAGAUGGGUGAUGUGGAGAAGGACGGUGUUGAGGGGGGAGAGGUGGGAGAGGGUGGGGCAGGAGAUGGCGAGGAGAAAGGCGAGCAUGAGGAAGAGAAGGGAGGUGAGGGUGUAGCUAUGGAGGUGGAUGCGGCUGGAGGGGAGAAGGAGGAUGGUGGAGAAGAGAAGACAAAGGAUGCUGCGGGAGGAGCAGCUGAUGAGACAACUGGUGCCGCAGCUCCUGAUAAGGCGAACGAGGUCGAAGAGAAGACAGAAGGGACAGGGAAAGAAGGGACAGCAGAGCUGAAGGAGGUGAAAAAAGGGGAAACGGCAGAGGGGGAGGAGCCAGCGCAGGGUGCAACGAGGUUGGAGAAGGGAGAGGAGGGAGUGGAGAAGAGAGUGGAAGCAGAGGCGAAGGGGAGUGAGGAGGCGGAGGCUCGUGAGGAGGACAAGGGUGUGGCGAAGGGCACGGGUGAUGAGGGUGCAACGGGAGAGGGUGCAGCAGAAGGUGUUAAGGACAAGGAAGGCCCUGAUGCACAAGGGUCCGUAAAAGGAGAGAGUACGAAGGAAGGGGCAGCCGUUACAACAGAUGCAGCUGUUGCAGAGGUGGGAGUGGUUGCAGAGGUUGCAGCGACAGGGGAUGGGAAGGGUGACGGGAAGAAAGACGAGGGGAGUGCAGAGGGUGGAAGGAAGGAAGAGGUGGAGGGUAAACGGCUCCAGGAGGAGGGAGAGAAGAAUGUAGGAGAGGAGGCUGAGGAGCAGCGUAGGGAUGGGCCAGAUGGUAAGGCGGAUUCAGAGAAGCAAGUAGCUGAUGGAGGGGCUGGUGGUGGUGGGGGUGAGUCAGGUGGUGGUGGGGGAGAGGCAGAUGGUGGGAAGCAGAAGGAGUCUGCGGGGGAGGAAGGGAGCGUGGUGGGUAAGGGUGGAGAGCAAGAGGGGGUGGCGGAGGGGAAGGAGGUGAAGGAGGAGGUGGGUGUAAAGGGAGAAGAGAAAGACAGUCCUGCAGGUGCAUCAGGAGACAGCGGUGGGAAGGAGAAGGCUGCAGUAGAGGCGAACAAGAAAGGUGCGGAUGAGGGGAGAGUAGUGGCUGAGGUGAAGGAGGAAGAGAAGGGCCAGCAGAUACAGGCAGCAGCGGUUCAGUGCAAGCCAGAGGAGACAGGCGCUGCUGCAGGCACGGUGGCAGAGGAAAAGGCGGGAGUGGUGAAGGCAGGAAAGGAACAAGAGGCGGGAGCAGGUGGGGUUGCAGGAGAGAAGGAAGUUAUUGAUAAGAUGGAAGUGGAUUCAACAGGUGCUGGGGCAAAGGUGGAGGCAGCAGAAGGGAAGGCGGAAAACAGAGCGCACGCCCGCGCUGCCGUCGCCGCCCUCACCUCCUUCACGGACUCAGUCAUUCUCAUGGCGCGCUGCCGCCAGGCUGGCACCGCUAUCCCUGCCGUGCUCCCCACGCCGGGCACCCCGGGAAUGGUUUCGUCCCCGUCCAUGAAUGUGGUGGCGCCGGCGCCUCCGGGUUUGAGUGUGCCGGUGCUGGAGGAGCUGCUGUCGCGCCUGCUGCACUGUUGUUAUGGGCUGACGUGGCACGAGCAGAUUGGCGGGGUGAUGGGGCUGGGUGCGCUCGUGGGCAAGGUGCCUGUUGACAUGCUGAGCCUCUUUCAGUCCCGCAUAGUGCGUGCUCUUCUCUUUGUGCUUCGAAGAUUACCCCAGCACUCGGUCCGGGAGCACGAGGAGACAACCCACGUGCUCACCCAAGUACUACGAGUGGCCAACAGCAUGGACGACACGGCAUCAGAGGAGCGCACAGCAAGCUUCCGCUCCGUGCUGGAAGUGCUAGCAGUGGAGCUGUUCAACCCCAACUCGCCCGCCAUUGUGCGCAAGAACGUGCAGGCCAGCCUGGCGCUGCUGGCGUCACGCAGGGGCUCUGAGGUGUCGGAGCUGCUGGAGCCCACGUACCAGCCGCUGCUUGCUCCGCUGCUCAGCCGUCCGCUGCGGUCCCGUCACGUGGAGCAGCAGGUGGGCACGGUCAUGUGUGCCAAUUUCUGCCUGGCCCUCCGCCCGCCGCUCCUGCGCCUCACCCCGGAGCUCCUCACGCUCCUCCAAGACGCCCUCAGCGUAGCAGAGGCAGACGAGGCGGUGCUCCACGCCAAGUUCCUCACAGGCCGGCAAGCCGCCGUGCUCACGCGCCUCCGCUCCGCGUGCAUCGAACUCCUCUGCACCGCCAUGGCGUGGGACGAGUGCAAGGCGCCCGGCCACGCGGACAUGCGGUCGCGCAUCAUUGCCAUGUUCUUCAAGUCGCUCACGCUGCGCACGCCCGAGAUUGUCAGUGCGGCCAAGGAGGGUCUGCGGCAGGUGAUCAUGCAGCAGCGUCUGCCCAAGGAGCUGCUGCAGUCCAGCCUGCGCCCCAUCCUCGUGCACUUCGCCCAUUACAAGUCCCUCAACCUCCCGCUGCUCCAGGGCCUGGCGCGGCUGCUGGAGCUGCUGUCCAACUGGUUCAACGUGACCCUGGGCGACAAGCUCAAGGACUACCUGGCGAAGAUGCUGGAGCCUGACAGAGGCCCCGCGCAGGGGCAGAGAGCGUGGCGGCCAGGGGAAGAGCCCAAGAUUGCUGCUGCGAUCCUGGAGCUAUUCCACCUGCUGCCAUCGCAAGCCGUGAAGUUCCUAGACGACUUGGUCCACCUCUGCAUGCAGCUGGAGGCCGCGCUCCCGCCAACCUCCCUGCUGUCCGACCUCAACUCGCCGUACCUGCAGCCGCUCACCAAGUUCCUCAACCGCUACGCGCACGAGUCCGUGGAUUAUUUCCUCGCGCGCCUCAGCCAGCCGGCCCUCUUCCGCCGCUUCCUCGCCAUUAUCCGGUCGGACACAGGCGUGCCGCUAAGGGAGGAGCUAGCGCGCUCGCCCAAUAAGAUCAUUGCUGCUGCUUUCCGGUCCGUUGCGCCGUCGCUGGGGCUCACAGACCUGCCUCAGCCCGCCCACCCGCUCACUCCCGCCCAAGAGGUGGAGGUGCAGAUGAACGGGAUAGCGCUGGUGCGAGCGCUGGUGAAGCUGCUGCCGGACUGGCUGGGAGGGCAGCGGCAGAUCUUUGAGGCGCUGCUGCACCUCUGGCACUCGCCCGCACGCAAGCAGAGGCUCAUGCGCGAACAGGACCUGCCGCUGCACAUGGUGAAGGAGAGCAAGUGGCUGGCCAAGUGUUUUCUCAACUACGUGAAGCACAACCGGGAGGAGGUGGACGUGUUGUUUGCGCUGCUCGCCAUCUUCCGCCAGCGCACGCGCAUCGACUACACCUUCCUCAAGCGCUUCUUCAUGCUCCAGCUCCCAGAGACGUACACACCGCAGCAGCGCAAGCUGGUUCUCCUGCGCUUCCUCGUGCUGUACCAGGGCGGAAUCCUCACUAACCCCGCACAGCCGCCAGCAGGCCAGGCAGGGGGGCAGGCAGCAGGAGCAGCAGGGGCAGCAGGGGCGGGGGCAGCAGGAGGAGCGGUGAGCCAGGUGAUGCCGGCAGCGCACCAGGAGGCGAUGGUGACGGCGCUGCAGCUGCUCAUCAUACCCAUGCUCUCGCACUCCCUCAGUCACGGGCAAGGCCCUGAGCUGCUGGAUGCUACUGUCAUCCGCACCAUUGUCGACCGCUUGCUCGACCCGCCAGAAGAGCUGAGCGCGCAGUACGACGAGCCGCUGCGGAUCGAGCUGUUGCAGCUGGCGACUCUCCUCAUCCGCCAUACGCCCAACGAGCUCAAACUGCACCGGCGCGAGCUGAUCAAGUUCGGGUGGAACCACCUGAAGCGCGAGGACAGCAGCAGCAAGCAGUGGGCCUUUGUGAACGUCUGCCACUUCCUCGACGCGUACCAGGCACCGGAGAAAAUAAUCCUGCAGGUGUUUGUUGCGCUGCUGCGCGCGUGCCAGCCGGAAACCCGGCUUCUCGUGAAGCAGUCGCUCGACGUGCUCAUGCCGGCUCUCCCCAACCGGCUGCCUCAGGGGGAUCAGAAGAUGCCGCUGUGGAUUCGCUACACCAAGAAAAUCCUGGUGGAAGAGGGAUACUCAAUCGCGCACCUGGUGCAUAUUUUCCAGCUGAUUGUGCGCCAUGCAGAUCUCUUCUACCCCUCGCGCGCCCAGUUCCUGCCCCAGAUGGUGCACUCGCUGCAGCGCCUCGCGCUGCCGCUCAACAGCUCUCUGGAGAAUCGGCGCCUGGCAGUGGACCUUGCUGGGCUCGUGCCCAAGGACAAGGACACCACGGCGCUGCACCAGCAGGCGCUGCAGCUGCUGGAAGAGGCGCUGGAGCUCUGGCCCUGGGCGACCAUCCGCCCCCCUCUCCUUCCUCCGCCACAACUCCGUGCAUGUGCUUCAGAUCAUAGAGCCAUGCAUGAGGAGUCGCUCCAAGGAGGUCAUUGCCUGCCUCCCUCCGCCUCAGGCGCUGCUGCUGCAGCACCUGGGCAAACUCCUGGUGCUGCUGGCCCAGGUGGUUCUGCUGCUGGCGCAGCAGGAUCAGGAGCCAUGCCACCGCCUCAGCAGCAGCAGCAACAGCAGGGAAGAGCGGGAACACCAGGUCUCCCUCCCUUGGCCUCCCGUCCUGGUGCUGCUGGCGCUGCUGGCAUUGCACACGCGGCAGGUGCUGCCACACCCCAGGGAGGUGCACCUGGUGCAGGUACACCUGCUGGAGCGGCAGCUGGCAUGGCCCGAAGUGCCACUCCCACUCUGCCUUCGGCUCCUUCUGCUCCGGCCGUUCUAUCUGCCGCCAACAAUGCGGCUAUAAGAGCGUCGCUGGCAGUGCUGCACACACUGGCAGCAACGGAGCAGCAGCAGAUAGUGGACCGGCUGCUGCCUGUGCUCGUGCCCACGGCCCUCCACCUCUCUCGCAGCAUUGCUGCUGCAAGCCCCUCUGCCGGCUUGACGGGAGAUCCACAGGCGGAUGAAGCAGCAGCGGGCGGGCGAGGGAAGCCACCCUCCCCAGGCCUGGCAGCCCUGGCAGGAGCAGGAUCCGGCAGCUUCAGUGCCGCAGCAGCAGGAAGCGCAGCUGCGGGUGCAACUGCUGCUGGCAGUGGGGGUGCUGGUGGUGCUGGGGGGGGAGCAGGUGGGACAGGCGGGGCGGGCGGCGAGGAGGAGGGGCCGGGGUUGAUAGCAGCAGGAGUGGAUAAUCUGUGUGACGCUCUAGAGCUUCUGGGGAGGCGUGUGCUGUAUGUGACAGAUUGCCGGCGCCAGUUUGGGCUGCUGCUGCAGAGCCUGCUCACGGACAGAGCCACGGACCCGGCUGUGCUGCUGUCGAUUCUGGAGAUUGUGUGCCGAUGGGUGGAUACAGAGUUCAGGGUGGCGGUGGUGAGGGGGGCGCAGCAGCAGGCGGAGCUGGUAUACACGGGCAUGCUGAACGCGCGCGACGUGGUCAACUUCCUGUACAAGCUCGCGCUCGUCACCAAGGAGCGCCGCCUCUGCCACCUCCACUUCGCGCCCUCGCGCUCCUCCCGCGCCUCCUCCGCUGCUGCGCUCGCUGCCUCCACCGACUCCCCUGCCCAGCCGACCGGGGCCCAACCCACUGCAGACUCCUCCUCAGGGUCACCGUCUGAGCCAGCGAGGGACUGGGAGGGCAAGUUCCUGGGCCUGCUCUACUCCCUCUGCUCCGAUUCCUCCAGGUACCCCACGCCCAUCCGCCAGGAGGUCUUCCAAAAAGUAGAGCGGGUCUUCAUGCUGGGCCUGCGCUCGCGCUCUCCUGCCCUGCGCGCCAAGUUCUUCUCUCUCUACAACGACGCCAUAGGGCGGCAGCUGUGCACGCGCCUGCAGUUCAUCAUCCACGGCCAGAGCUGGGAGGCCCUCGCAGACUCCUUCUGGGUCAAGCACGCGCUGGACCUGCUCCUUGCGAUUCUCAUCGAUAAGGACAGCGUCACUCUUGCUCCCAACUCUGCGCAGCUGCCCCCGCUCAUGCCUGCUGGCGGCGUGCCUCUCCACGCUGCCGUUGCUGCAGGGAGCUCCGGGGGAGUGUCCGGCGGCGGAGGGGGAGGAGGCGGGGGCGGGGGCGGGGGCGGGGGCGGGGGCGGGGGCGGGGGCGGGGGAGGAGGAGGGAGUGGAAGCGGAAGUGGUGCCGCGGAGGGAGGGGCUUCCGAGGAAGCAGAGGGCGGGCGGUUGUCAUUCAACUCUCUCGUGGCAAAGCACACCAAGUUCAUUAACGACUCGCUCCGCCUGCAAGUCUCCGACCUGCUACGCCCCCUCCAGGAGAUGUCAGUAGAGGAGCCCAUGGUGGCAUACCACCUGUGGGUGCUGGUGUUUCCGAUCGUGUGGGCGUCCCUGCACAAGGACGAGCAGGUGCAGCUGGCCAAGCCCAUGAUCGCGCUGCUGUCCCGGGAGUACCAUUUCCACCAGCUGCACCGCCGCCCCAACGUCGUGCAGGCGCUGCUUGAAGGCAUCAGUUUGAGUCAGCCGCAGCCGAAGAUCCCAUCGGAGGUGAUAAAGUACCUAGGGCGCACGUUCAACGCGUGGCACGUGGCCAUUCCGCUGCUCGAGAGCCACGUCUCCAUGUUCCCCCAGGACGCCCGCUGCUUCGAUGCCCUUGCGGAGCUCUACAGGCUGCUGAACGACGCGGACAUGGUGCACGGGCUGUGGCGCAGCCGCAAGGCAGCGCAGGAAACCCACGUGGCGCUGGCCCUCCAGCAGCACGGCUUCUGGCGCGAGGCGCAGGAGGUCCUCUCCCGCGCCAUGGCCCGCUGGCAGAACGGCUCCUUCACCAACCACGAAGUCAGCAAAGCCGAGGAGUCGCUCUGGGAGGAGCAGUGGCUGGCAUCCGCCCGGCAGCUGUGCCAAUGGGAUGUAUUAUCAGAGUUUGGGCGCGAGGUGGAUAACUACCAGGUGUUAUUGGAUGUGGAGUGGCGGCGGGGCAACUGGGCGUUGUUGAAGGAGACGGUGCUGCCGCGCGCGCAGGUGGAGGAGAGUCCGAGAGUGGCGAUCGUGCGGGCGUACUGCAAGCUGCAGGAGGGCACGCUGGAGAGCAUCCAGGAGGCGGACCAGCUCAUCUCACUGGGGGUGUCGUUAGCACUAAGCAGGUGGUGGCAGCUGCCGGUGGUGGGCGUGCAGCCGCACCUACCCCUAUUACAACAAUUCCAGCGUCUGGUGGAGCUGCAGGAGUCAGCACGAGUGCGCCUGGACAUAGCAGCAGGCGCCAAGCACCACAAGCUCAUGGCCAUGCACGGCGGCUCACGCGACGCCGCCGCUGCAGCAGGUGCAGCAGGAGCAGGAGCAGGAGGAGCAGGAGGAGCAGGCGGGAGCGGCCCUGGGGGUGGGGCAGGAGGAGGGGCGGGGGCGUCGGCACCGUAUGCGUUCACACAGCUCAAGGAUGUGUUGGAUACGUGGAGGAUUAGAGUGCCCAAUGAAUGGGAGGAGGUGGCGGUGUGGAGCGACGUGCUGCAGUGGCGCAACCACGUCUACUCCUUCAUAAUCUCAUCUCUUGAGUCCCUGCCGGAAACCAGUCCCGACCUGCGCUCCCUCGGCUUCCGUGACAAGGCAUGGAGCGUGAACCGCCUCGCCUCCGUCGCCCGCCACCACGGGCUAGGAAGCACAUGCGUGCGCCUGCUCAACUCCCUCUACGGCUACAUGACCAUGGAAGUCCAAGAAGCCUUCACCAAGAUCCGGGAACAAGUCAAAGCCUUCAUGGAGAUGCGGGAAGGCGGCGGGAAGCUACUUACAGGGCUGAACCUGAUCAAUGUCACGCGGCUGGAUUACUUCCCGCAGCCGCUGCAGGCCGAGAUAUUCCGGCUCAAAGGCGAGUUUUUGCGGCGCAUGGGCGAUGGGGAUGGCGCGCACGUGGCCUUCUCCACGUCGGUAUCCCUGUGUAAGAGCUCGCCGAGAGGGUGGCUCAGUUGGGCGUGCUACUGCGACCAGGUGUGGCAGAGCACGGGCGUGGCAGUCUGGCUUGAGUACGCUGUAACCUGCUACUUCCAGAGCAUCACCUACGGCUCGCCGCGCGGCCGCACGUUCCUGUCGCGCGUGCUAUACCUGUUAUCAUUCGAAGAUGGAGAGGGCACGGUGGCACGUGCCUUUGACAAGCAUGCAGACAACGUGCCCAACUGGGUGUGGCUCGCCUGGCUGCCGCAGCUCCUGCUCUCGCUGCAGCGCCCCGAGAUGCCUCAUGCGAAGGCCAUUCUCCUGCGCCUUGCCGCGUCCUACCCCCAGGCGCUCUACUACUGGCUGCGCACGCAUGUGCUCGAGCGCAGAGACGUGGCGCAGAGAGCAGCAGCUCGCCCCCAUGCUGCAGCUGCAGCAGCAGCCGCGGCUGCAGCGGCUGCGGCGGCGGCAGGAGGGGCAGGAGGGCAAGGUGCAGGAGUUGGUGCAGGCGUUGGUGCUGCUGGGACUGGGGCGAGCAACGUGGGAUCAGCAGGGGGGGCGGCAGCAGCAGCAGCAGGCAGCACCGGUGGUGGGGCUGUGCUGGGAGCAUCAGGCCCUGCAGGGACGAACAUGGGUGCUAGCGCUGCUGGCGGUGCAGUUGGGGGAGGUGCGACUGGGGGAGGGCAGGGAGGGGGAGCGGGAGCAGGAGGGCCGGGUGCAGCAGGGAGGGCUGUGCCAGCCAUGUCAGAGUCGCGAACAGCCGUGUCUGCUGCAUCUAAUGAUGCAGGCCCGCCCUACAACCCUGGGGGCGGUGCGAGGCCGGCAGGAGCUGCUGCCCCUGGCCAAGCAGCAGCAGCAGUGGGAGCAGCAGCAGCAGCAGCAGCAGUGGGAGCAGCAGCUGCAGCAGCGGCGGCGGCGCCAACGACACUGGCAGCAGGCGCACCGGUGGUGGGGGUUGCCCGGCGCUCAGCCGCUGCAGGUGCAGCCGGGGGAGGUGCAUCCGGCACUGCUGCUGGCUCCGCCGCCGCUGCCGCCGCCGCCGCUGCUGCUGCUGCCGCUGGUACUGGAAGCAACAGCGCCGGCACGAGCAGCUGGCAGGCAGCAGCAGUGAUGGCAUUUGAAGCAGCAAUGGAGGUGAUGGAGGCGCUCCGCACCAAGUACGGCAGCCUGGCGUCAGAGCUGGAGGUGAUGCUCACAGAGAUCGGCGUGCGCUUCGUGCCUCUCCCAGAGGAGCGCUUACUCGCUGUCGUGCACGCGCUGCUGCACCGCUGCUACCGCUACCCCACCGCGACCACUGCCGAGGUGCCUCUGUCGCUCAAAAAGGAGCUGUCUGGCGUCUGCCGUGCGUGCUUCUCCUCUGAUACUGUCACCAAGCACACCGAGUUUGUGAACGAGUACAAGCGUGAGUUUGAACGGUCACUCGACCCGGAGUCCACUGAUACCUUCCCUAAGUCUCUCGCCGACCUCACAGCGUCGCUCAAGCACUGGGAGGGGGUGUUACAGCGUAACAUCGAGGAGCGGUUACCAGCGGUGCUGAAGCUGGAGGAGGAGAGCCGGCAGCUGCGGGAGUGGAACGUGAUGGAUAUAGAGGUCCCAGGACAGUAUUUUAAUGACCAGGAUGUGCCUCCAGAGCACGCCAUCAGGCUCGAUCGGAUCGCUCCAGACGUGCCAAUCAUCCGCCGCCACGGCAGCAGCCACCGGCGGCUGUCCCUCGUGGGCAGCGACGGGUCUCAGAAGCACUUCUUAGUCCAGACGUCCCUGACUCCAUCAGCGCGCAGUGACGAGCGCACGGUGCAGCUGCUGCGGUCGAUCAACCGGGCCGCGCUGCUGAAGCACCGCGACACGCGGCGGCGCAAUCUGGCGUUCCACACGCCGAUCAUCGUGCCGGUGUGGCCGCAGGUGCGGCUCGUGGAGGACGACGUCACCUACUGCACCUUCGCAGAGGUCUAUGCGAUGAACUGCGCGCGCUACAACCGGGAAGCAGACCUCCCGAUCGCGAAAUUCAAGCACGAUCUCAACGCUGCGAUCAUCAACCAGCUGUCGGGGGAGCGGCUGGUGGCUCUACGGCUGAGAUCGUACCGCGAGAUCACGGCCCAUCUGGUAUCAGAAAAUAUCAUGUCGCAGUUUGUGUACAAGUCGCUACCGUCGUCGUCGCACCUUUGGACGUUCAAGAGGCAGCUGGCGUCGCAGUUGGCGCUGUCGGGGUGCGUGUCGUUCCUGCUGCACAUAGGAGGGCGGUCGCCCAGCAAGACCCUCUUUGCCAGGAACACCGGCAAGAUCUUCCAAAACGACUUUCACCCAGCAUACGACCACAACGGCAUGGUGGAGUGUCAGGAGCCGGUGCCGUUCCGUCUGACGCGCAACCUGCACACCUUCUUCACGCCCUUUGGCACGCUCGGCAUCUUCAUGUCUGCGCUCUGUGCUGCCGCCCACGCCAUCCUCGCCCCCAAGCGCCACGACAUGCGGCAUCACUUUGCCAUGUUCUUUCGGGACGAGCUCAUCUCCUGGUCAUGGCGCAGACCCCCUUCCUUGGGCCCGCCUGGGGCCGCCAGCAGCAGUGGCAGCAUAGCGACGGCGGAUCUCAAGGCCAAGGUGGCAGCCAAUGUCGAGAGCGUGUGGCGUCGCCUGCAGCGUGUCGCCCCUCAGAGCUACGUGGGAGCCAUUGCUGCCGCCGCCGCUGCUGCCAGCGAGAUUCUACAGAGCGAUGUGCCAGAGCUACGGUCAGUGCAGCAGGGGGCCAUGGAGCUGGUGGAAGCAGCACUCAAACCAGAGAAUCUGUGCAUGAUGGAUCCCACGUGGCAUCCCUG